AUGAGUGAACACGGAACAAGGAGAGCAAGAUAUGCAGUGAUGACGAUCUCACAUCGAGUGACACGUAGUCGGUCUUCUGGAAGUUCUGUUGCAAGGGAGAACACGACUGUAGAUCAUAAUGAACCUGCUGAUCCUUCUGCAGCAGAUGAGCAAAGAGGAGGUCACUUGCGAGGUAGUGCAGAACUUCCCCCAAUCAUUCCCAAUGAGCAAGAUCGUCCGUUGAUUGAGCCACAAGGAAACUCAUGA